GAAAGCAGAACAGACACAUCUGCUUUCCAUCAGACGUUUUUCUAUUUAAUGUGACGUGUUCCGUUGCCUUUGGAAACAGUUUCGGGAUUGUUACAGCUGGAUACGGAUAGUGUUUGCUCUUGCACUAAAGUUUUUUUUUCCGCUUUUCUUGGCUAUCAUGCCUGGGACCUUGGUAUUGCAUUAUAUUGUCUUUAUAAAAUAUCAAUUUUAGGGACUAUCACACCCCUAACAAAUAUAACCUGGACUUUUAAGUUAUGGGGACAAUACAACUAAAGGAUGAACACAAUCAGCUGCCUAAUUUUGGAAUCCAGUAAAAUGUAACCACUAAUGCAAGGCAACAUGGCAGUGAACUGGGUUAUAUAUGCUGUUUUUCUACUACCACUGUUGGCAGUGGGGACUGCUUUCUCGGGGGUCUUCAACACCACAGACAGAGACGUUUUUACGGAUGACUUGCUGCAGGUCAAGCUCACCCGAGACAGAGCGGCUGAGCAGUGGAAACUCCAGUCUGCCGAUUCCCAUCCCAACCUAUAUUUUAACCAAGUGGAUGUGCUGCACCUGAGGCAAAGGUCCUCCACCACCCACAGUCACAUAUUUAAAGUUAUCCGGGCGGCUGUGCUCACGAUCUUGUCUAAUGUCCCCUUUUACAUGCCCCCUGUGAAACAUGAGGAGUUUACAAGUAAGUGGAAUGAGAUUUAUGGGAACAACCUGCCUCCCUUGGCUCUCUACUGCCUGUUGUGCCCAGAAGACUCUGCUGCCCUGCAAUUUCUUAUCAAGUUUAUGGACAGGAUGGCUGAAUACCCCGACUGGAAGGUGACCAGUGCCCCUAACGAUGAGGUCCCCAUGGCGCAUUCUCUCACUGGGUUUGCUACGGCUUAUGACUUUGUUUACUCUCAGCUGGAUGAGCGCAGAAGGAAUGUUUACCUCAAGAAAAUUCGCUCGGAGACAGAAGAGCUGUAUGAGCUCUCUAAGUACAGAGGGUGGGGGAAACAGUAUCUCCAGAAUCAUCAAACUACAAACAUAUUAGCCAUCCUGACUGGUGCAAUAGUGGUUGGAUCACACGAUGACCCAGAGUCCAUGAUCUGGAAGCAAGUGGCAGUGAACUACAUGGAGAAAACUAUGUUUCUCCUAAAUCAUGUUGUUGAUGGGUCUCUGGAUGAAGGAGUUGCCUAUGGGAGCUACACAGCCAAGUCCAUCACACAGUAUGUCUUCUUAGCUCAGCGCCAUUUCAACAUUGACAACAUGCAGAACAACUGGCUGCGUGGACACUUCUGGUUUUAUUAUGCCACUCUGUUGCCGGGCUUUCAGAGAACAGUUGGGAUCGCAGACUCCAACUACAAUUGGUUUUAUGGGCCAGAGAGUCAGCUUGUUUUCCUCGACACAUUCAUCAUGAGGAACGGAACGGGUAACUGGCUGGCACAACAGAUUAGAAAGCACCGACCCAAGGAUGGUCCCAUGGGGCAGUCAUCUGCCCAGCGCUGGGCUACACUUCACACGGAAUACAUCUGGUACAACUCCCACCUCACACCACAGCCUCCCCACGAUUUUGGCAAGGCGAGGAUGCAUAUUUUCUCAAACUGGGGUGUGGUUACCUACGGAGCAGGGCUUCCCAAUGGUCAGGGGAAUACUUUUGUCUCCUUUAAGUCUGGCAGGCUGGGUGGCCGUGCAGUCUAUGACAUUGUCCAUGACAAACCUUACUCCUGGGUGGAUGGCUGGAACAGCUUUAACCCUGGUCACGAGCACCCGGACCAGAACUCUUUCACAUUUGCUCCUAAUGGACAAGUAUUUGUGUCUGAGGCACUUUAUGGACCAAAGUACAGCUAUCUUAACAAUGUUUUAGUGUUCAGCCCCUCUCCUACCAGUCAGUGUAACAGUCCAUGGGAGGGUCAGUUGGGGGAGUGUGCUAAGUGGCUGCGCUGGACUGAUGAAGGCGUGGGUGACGCUAGAGGGGAGGUGAUUGUCGCCUCCUCACACAGGGACACCAUGUUUGUGAGUGGGGAAGCUGUGUCGGCUUACUCCCCUGCCAUGAGACUAAAGAGUGUGUUCAGAGCCUUGGUUCUGCUCAACUCACAGACGCUGCUGGUGCUUGACCACGUGGAGAAGUGGGGUGAUUCGCCCGUGAGGUCAUUCAGCGCCUUUUUCCACAAUCUCGACAUUGACUUUAAAUACGUCCCUUUCAGAUUCAUGGACAAAUAUAACGGUGCGAUGAUGGACGUGUGGGAUGCUCAUUAUAAAAUGUUCUGGUUCGACACCCAGGGUCAAAGCCCUGAUACCAGGAUACAGGAGGCGGAGCAGGCGGCUGAGUUUAAAAAGAGGUGGACUCAGUAUGUCAACGUCACUUUCCCAAUGACAGGCACAGUCAGCAGAGUAGCUUAUGUUUUACAUGGGCCAUAUGUUAAAGUGUCCAAAUGUAAAUUUAUGGAUAGUAGCAAAAAUGGAGUCAAGCUUUCUUUAACCAUAAAUAACACAGAGAAGAUAGUCUCUGUAGCUACAAACUAUAAAGACAUAGGGGCAAGGUUCAAUUAUUUAGGAUUUGGAGGGCACUGUAAAGUUGAGGAUAGAUCUCAAAUUACUAGAUAUGGUCUUGGGACUCAACUCAUCCCCAAACAAAUCAGUAGUGAUAAUCAGCUGUUUGACUUUGGAUUUACAGUCAAUGUGAUAGCAGGGGUUGUUCUCUGCGUAGCCAUAGGGUUCCUCACCAUGCAGAGAAAGUUUUACGUCUGCUUCAGCAGACUGAUGCGUUACACCCUCCUCUCUGUGCUCAUUCUGUGGAUCGCCGAGCUGCUGUUUGUGUCUAACAGCUGCGAUCAGCUUCUCUGUGGGGUAAAAUGGAAAGGUGCGGGUGCCAAAAGCGAAGUAAACAAACAAAUCAGACUGUACGAGCAGCACCGGCUCCCCCUCCCCUCCAUCGUCAUAACAACCCUUCCUGGAUCAGGAUCGGAAAUACUCAAGCAUCUUUUCUACAACAGCUCGGACUUUGUUUACAUAAGGGUCCCCACUGAGCACGUGGACAUUCCUGAGACUGAGUUUGAGUUUGACUCUCUGGUCGAUGCCUGCGAGUGGUCAAGGUCAGACGCUGUGCACGGACGGUUUAAGAUUAUUCAGGGCUGGCUGCAUUCGCUGGUCCACAACACCAAGCUGCACUUGCAAAAUAUUCAGCUGGUGGAGGGCAGCAGGGUCAAACAGCCCCAAAGGGUUGGCCCCUCCAGGGACAGAAAGAAAAGAUCCAGGAGAAGGGAGCCAGCUUCUGAGCUGAAGGGCAAACUGAGGGCCAGUCUGGACAGAGAUGCAGAGUACAUUAGGGAGAUGAGACGCCAUGUUGCGGAGUACCCUGAUGCACGGGUUGUCCUCAACAUGCGGAGUGGAAGCUGGGCACUCAAAAUGCCUUUCAUUCAGGAGGUGGUGGGACCCUCUUUGAGGACAAUCUACAUGGUGAGAGACCCUCGAGCGUGGAUUUAUCUCAUGGUUUAUAACAGCAAACCCAGCCUUUACACCCUUAAAAACAUCCCGCAGCACCUUUCCUUGAUAUUCAAGGAGGAUGCUGUCAGGGAUCGGUGCCCAAGUCGGGCGCCUGAGUUUAAAGUAAUCCAGAGGCUGCUGUCCCGUUCGGAGACAAACCCAGUCCUGAUCCUGGCUCACCUGUGGCAGGCUCACACCGCAGCAGUGCUGAGGGUCGGCGAGAGCCUCCCCGAGGAGUCCUACCUCCAAGUGAGGUUUGAGGACGUGGUCAACUUCCCGCAAGAGACAGCGGAAAGCAUACACACGUUUCUGGGGGUGCCUGUCUCACCCACAGCCCUCAAUCAACUCAUUUUCACCACCUCCACGAACCUGUACAAUCUAAUGUAUGAAGGAGACAUUUCACCAGCCAAUAUUAACAUGUGGAGACAAAAAAUGCCCCGAAAGGACAUCAGACUAAUAGAGGAUGUAUGUGGCAGUGUGAUGAAGAGGCUGGGUUACACAAGGUUUGCCAGUUAACUUAAUGCUGCUGGUCAGCUGAUAUUGAGCUGUCUUGUUUACUGUAGCUGCCACCGAGUUCUGAAAAGUUGUUUUGUUUUUUUUUUGCACUGAGAUUAAAUUUUAAAUAGAAAAUGGUACAAGUUGAGGGGAAACCGGGUGGAAUUUCU